AUAAGACCAGCAGCUUCUCUAAUCAUAGCAUCACCUAUCACCGUCAAUAACUCAGUUUCAAGUUUUACUACCAGUAAUAGUAAGCACGAACAAGGAUCAGCAGGAUGCAAUUACCGUAUAUUGAUGAUGAAAAGAAAUGCAAGCAGUUUCAUUAAUGCCCAUGUUUAUCCUGGUGGUGUGAUUGACAGAGCCGACCAUUAUAGCCAUUGGGGCCAUUUUCUGACAAAUAAAAUUUGUGCCAUCCGAGAAACAUUUGAAGAGUCGGGUUUACUGUUAUCUGAUCCACCAUUAACUCAGCUGACAGGCAGCAGCAAAGCAUCGUUUUUGAACAGUUUACCUACCUGGCGACAAAAAGUGCAUCAUGAUGCUAGUCAGUUCAAAGUGAUGUGCGAAACCUUUAAUAUUAGACCUGCUGUGGAUAGCUUGAUACCCUUUUCCAACUGGAUCACGCCUGUCAUUGAAAAGAAAAGAUACGAUACAAUGUUCUUUCUGACAGUAUUGGACCAAUACACAUCAGCAGAAGAGGAGGCGAAGCAUUUGAAUCUCGUAUCAGCCGAUGGAAAAGAAACUGUAUUAUUUGACUGGUUCACACCUGAAGAAGCCCUU